AUGGCAGUUGCGUCCUAUAUCACCAAGCAUAAUCCUGGCGCCAACAGCACCACGUCCAACGCCAGUUCGACCACCAUGACGAAGCAGUGGGACGAGUAUAGGCAUAUCAUUCUGAGCUUAUACAAAGAGCAGAACAAGCCUUUACAUGAGGUCCAACGUUUCAUGGAGGAGGAACAUGGCUUCAAGGCCUCACCCAGCACAGUUAAGGGGCCAUUAAGACAUUAA